AUGAACUUCCAGGACCCACCAACACUCCAGCACUUGGCAGUCCAGGGCCUGCUGAAGGACGAGGUCUUGGCCAUCUCUGCUCUGCAGCACCUGCCUAGGCUGCUGUUGCUACCACUGUUCAAGGAAGCCUUCACUGGCAGAUUCCUGAAGACCCUGAAGGCAAUGGUGGCAGCCUGGUCCUACCCAUGGUUCCCUGUGGGAUCGCUGAUGAAGACCCCCGAUUUGGAGAUCUUGAAGGCUGUGCUAGAUGGCCUGGAUAUGCUGCUCACACAGCAUACCUACUUAUUGCAGUGGGCCACGCCAAGGAAGAGUUCCCUGCAGCUCUGCGGCAGGAGGUUGCAGAUUUGGGUAUUGCCUGUCUAUACUAUCAUAGAGAUCCUCAAAGUAUUUGAGCCAGACUGUAUCCAGGAGCUGGAACUUUAUUCAUGGUGGCAGCUGGGAGCCCGGGCAGGGACUGUUCCGGUGAUGAAGUAUUUCAACAAGUUUAUUUCUCAGUUCUCCAAACUCAAUUGUCUCCAGCAUCUCUAGAUGAAUCGGGUCUACUUUCUCACUGGUCAGAAGAAGCAUUUGGUCUGGUGCCUGAAGAGCCCCUUGGAGACCCUGUCCAUCACUCUCUGCCGGUUCACACCAUCAGACAUGAACCACUUAUCCCAAUGUCAGAGCCUCUGGCAGCUCAAACACCUGAACCUGAGUGGUGCUUUGUUAUAUAAUUUAUGUUUUAAGCCCAUCCAAGUUCUCCUAGAGAGUGUUACAGCCACUCUGCAGACCCUUGAAUUACAAAACUGUGAACUAGAGGACUCCCACUUCAGUGCCCUUCUGCCUGUCCUGAGCUGGUGCUCCCAGCUCACCAAGGUCAAUGUCUAUGACAAUGACAUAUCCGUGCUCAUCCUUAAGGACCUUCUGUACUACACAGCCAGCCUGAGCCAGCUGACCCACGAGCUGUACCCUGCUCCUUUGGAAUGCUAUGACUAUGGUCAGCUCGCUCAAGUUCGUUCUCCACUCAUGAAAACACUAAGGGACAUAAGGCAGCCUAAGAAGGUUAACUUUGCUACUGAUGUCUGCCCAAAAUGUGAUAAGCGCUGUGUCUAUAACCUGGACACCGGACUAUGUCCCUGUUGGCAGUCUGAUUGA